UAUUAUAUACAUUUACAGAGACGUUUUCAUAUCAGUUUAUAGUGCGCGCGGAAGGAUAUCUCUGCGGUGUAUAAAUACGGCUGCGCCGCGCCCUACGUGUUCAUUCCUGACUCAGCAUCCAGAUCAAUCUCGUCUCUCAGCGGUGGGAACAAUUUGUUUUGUCAAGAUGCAGAUCUUUGUGAAAACCCUCACUGGAAAGACCAUCACCCUGGAGGUGGAGCCCAGUGACACAAUUGAAAACGUGAAGGCCAAAAUCCAGGAUAAGGAAGGCAUCCCUCCCGACCAGCAGAGGCUGAUCUUUGCCGGAAAACAGUUGGAAGAUGGCCGCACCCUGUCCGACUACAACAUCCAGAAGGAGUCCACCCUCCACCUGGUGCCAAAAUCCAGGAUAAGGAGGGCAUCCCACCCGACCAGCAGAGGUUGAUCUUCGCUGGCAAGCAGCUGGAGGAUGGGCGCACCCUGUCCGACUACAACAUCCAGAAGGAGUCCACCCUCCACCUGGUGCUCCGCCUGAGAGGAGGAAACUAAACUAAUCCGCCUUUGUGUGCCAACAAGUUUAGCCGGUGUUCACACACUAGUUCAUUCCUUUAAGCUUGCAGUUCCAGAAUUCUUUUUUAAUUGAGCUCUACUCUUCAGUGAAACUGAAAUUAAAAUGUUUGCUUCUGUUUACAAAGUGUUCAAGCUAAUAAAGGCAAAUUAAAGCACAA